AUGACCCCCGUGGACAGCUACCACAACGUCUUCAGUGCUCUCACACUCACGUUCUUCGCAAAUUCCGGUUGGUAUCGAGUCAAUGCAUCCAUGUCGGAGGUUAUGCAUUAUGGUCGAAGCAAAGGUUGUUCCUUUGCGACGGAAAAAUGCAUCGAUCCAGUGACGCAAGCUCCGAUAGCAGCAGAUCAUUUCUGUACUUCUUCGACGGACUUUCAGGGCUGUUCAGUCGACGCUACGUCUCGCGCGGUAUACUCUCUAAACACUAAAAGCCAAACCAUUCCGACCGAGUAUCAGUACUUUCCCGGUAACCCAAGAAAAGGAGGAACUAAUACCUUCGCCGAUUAUUGCCCGUUAGUUGUGGGCUACACGGCUGGCGACUGCUCCCUUUCCGCCAACCUUCUGCAACUUGGCGAGACUAACGUCAACGUUAGGUGA